AUGGGUCAAGAAAUCAUUCGCCGUGAAUCUCCUAUAGAACCUGGUAGACGUAGUAGGUUGUGGAUUUAUGAGGAUGUCAUUCAUGUUUUGAAGAAUAAUAAUGGAACAAAGAUAGUUGAAGGCAUAAUGCUAAACAUACCUAUUCAAAAGGUGGAACACCUGAGUGCUGAAGCCUUCUCAAAGAUGAAAAAUUUGAGAUUGCUUAAAAUUAAUAGUGAGAAACUUCCAGAAGACUUCAUAAAUGGUAGUAUGCAACUUCCAAAGGACCUCAUUAGAGGUAAGGUGCAACUUCCACAAGGCCUCAUUUAUCUUUCUAAUGAGUUACAUCUUCUUGAAUGGCAUGGAUAUCAUUUAAAAUGCAUACCAACCAAUUUCCAACUAAACAAACUUGUUGAAUUGAGAAUGCAUUGUAGUGGCAUCAAACAAUUAUGGAAUGGAAAGAUGAAUUUAGACAAGUUAAGACUCAUUGACCUAAGUGACUCUCAAAACUUGAUUGAGAUGCCAGAUCUUAGUGGAGCCCCAAAGCUUAAGCAGUUGAUUUUUCGACAUUGUACAAGACUAUAUAAGAUUCACACAUCUCUUGGAGAUCUCAAACAACUUAUUCGAUUGGAUCUGAAUGGUUGCAAAUGUCUCAAAAGCCUUCCUCACAAGAUCAGCUUGGAAGCACUUGAAAUUUUUGAUCUUGGUGGUUGUUCAAGACUAAAGAAGUUUCCAGAAAUUUUUGGAAAUAUGUCAUGUUUAUCGAAACUUUGUUUGAGUGAGACAGCUAUAAAAGAUCUACCAUUAUCAGUGGAGCAUUUAAUUGGCCUUAUUGAAUUGGAUCUAAGAGACUGUAAAAAUAUUUCAACUCUUUCGAAUGCAUGUUGUCAUUUGAUGUCUUUGAAAAUUCUCACUUUAUCUGGUUGCUCAAAACUUGAUGAAUUACCAGAGAAUUUGGGUAAUAUCAAAGGCCUAGAAAAGCUAGACGUGAGUGGAACUGCUAUAACAGGGCUACCUUUAUCUAUUGUUUACUUAAAAAAUCUCGAAGUACUAUCUCUUCGUGGAUGUGUGGGGCUAUCAUCUAAAUCAUUCAAAAGCUCUUGA